AAGGUGGCAGAGCUGAUAGGCUGGCUCCGUCCACGACGACGGGGCUUGAUCUUGAAUACCUUUUCGUCAGUAUUUGUUCGAAGACUCUCUUCGCUUCAUGACUUCGUUCUUGGCCCUUUUCAACCCUUCGCCGAUCUUUUUGGUUUUCUUCCAGUCCUGGCUCAUUCGUCGCAUGCGGACGAUGGCUUUGACCAUGGAGAUGGCGGUCUUGAGUUUCGCUUGGGGAGUCCGGAGGGGGGUGCGGUCCCUGGGUUUGACGCCCAUGUCGGAGAUCAUGCGCAGGUCGGCUUCGUUGCUGCAUUGGUGUGAAACGAUAGAGAGUCAGUUAUCUUGUGGCGUGGUCUGAUUCGUGAGAUGAAAGGGAGGAUGUAUACGUACCAUGCAACCCGGACGCGCUCGCCC